AUGGACGAAAUUAACAAACUCGAGUAUCUUUCUCUAGUCUCAAAAAUCACUAGUGAACUAUUAAAUCACACUGGGUUCAACGAUAAAACACUAGCUGAGUUUGUAAUCAAUCUUCACGAAGAAAACAGUUCAUUGCCAGAAUUCAAGAAAGCACUAUGCGAUGCUGGCGCCGAAUUUCCGGAGUCGUUUAUUCAGACACUUGACCGUCUAAUACGGAAAAUGCAUCCAAAGUACAAAAAAGAUAAAGGUAAAGGUAAAGACGGUGACAACAAUGAUGAUGAUUAUUCCGAUAGAUAUGAUCCUGAUCAGAAGGCGGCUCUGUUUCCGGGGCUAGCAUUACCAGAUGAUCCUAAUUGGAAAAACAAACAAGAUCGACUCAAGGCAAAAGAUGCACAGAUACAAGACUUACUAGACACGAAAAAAAAGGAGGCAAUUGGUGGACGUAGUUCCAGAAAUAUUAGAAGUGGAGGUGGUAGUAGUAGUAGCAGUUCACUUAGGGCUAGUAGAGACCGAUCCCCCAUACCAAAACGUAAUAGAAGAUCACCAUCUAUAGGAAAACCGCCAAUCGUCGAUGACGACGACAAAGCGCCCAGCAGUCUCAAUCGUCUUUCGUCUCCUGAGCGAUGGGAAAUUAAGCAACUUAUUGCUUCGGGUGUAUUCAAAGCCUCAGAUUAUCCCAAUAUUGACGAAGAGCAUGGAUUCAUAGAAAGUAUGGAAACGGAAGAAGAACUCGAUAUUGAAAUUCGAGAAGAUGAACCACCGUUUUUAAGAGGACAGACGAAACAUACAAUGCAGUUGAGUCCUAUUAAAGUUGUUAAAGCUCCUGAUGGCACGUUAAAUCGAGCGGCUAUGGCUGGGGCUUCAUUGGCUAAGGAGAGAAGAGAAUUAAGGCAACAACAAACAAACGCUGAGCUGGAUUCUGUUCCCAAAGAUUUAAAUCUACCUUGGCUUGAUCCUAUGCAUGACCCUGGCGAACGACAUUUCGCUCAGGAUCUAAGAGGAGUUGCUGCUGGUCGUAAAGCAGGCGAAGUACCCGAAUGGAAGAGAGAAACUUUCAAUAAGACUACAAGUUUUGGCAAGAUAACAAAUUUGACUAUUCGAGAACAAAAAGAAAGUCUACCGAUCUUUAAAUUUAGAGAAAAACUAAUACGUGCUGUGAAAGAGAAUCAACAACUUAUUCUUAUUGGUGACACUGGUUCUGGCAAGACUACACAAUUAACCCAAUAUCUCGCUGAAGAAGGAUUCGCUGAUCGUGGCAAAAUUGGGUGCACUCAACCUCGUCGUGUUGCCGCAAUGUCAGUAGCAAAACGUGUCGCGGAAGAAGUGGGUUGUCGUCUUGGCUCGGAAGUUGGAUAUACAAUCCGUUUCGAAGAUUGCACUAGUCCCGAAACUAAAAUCAAAUAUAUGACGGACGGUAUGCUUCUUCGUGAAUGCUUGCUCGAUAUCACGCUUUCUCAGUAUUCGCUUAUUAUUCUUGAUGAAGCUCACGAAAGAACAAUUAAUACGGACGUACUUUUCGGGUUGCUGAAGAAAACUUUGAAAAGGCGACCAGAUUUUCGAGUAAUUGUCACUUCGGCAACUCUUGACGCUGAAAAGUUCUCUGCAUACUUUUUCGAUUGUCCAAUCUUUACGAUCCCAGGUCGUCCACAUCCUGUCGAAGUACUCUACACCAAAGAACCAGAAUCUGAUUAUUUGGAUGCAGCACUCAUAGUAGUCAUGCAGAUACAUCUUUCUGAACCGCCAGGUGAUGUUCUAUUGUUUCUUACUGGUCAAGAAGAAAUUGAUACUGCGGCCGAAAUUCUGUAUGAGCGUAUGAAAUCUCUGGGUCCGCAAGUACCUGAUCUUAUUAUAUUGCCGGUGUAUUCUGCGUUGCCGAAUGAAAUGCAGUCACGUAUUUUCGAGCCAGCACCGCCAGGUAGCCGUAAAGUUGUUAUUGCGACUAAUAUCGCUGAAACUUCUAUAACAAUUGAUGGAAUUUACUAUGUGGUGGAUCCUGGGUUUGUCAAGCAAAAUGCGUAUGAUGCUAAAGUUGGUAUGGACUCGUUGCCUAUCUCUCAAGCUCAAGCUCGUCAACGUGCAGGCCGUGCAGGACGUACUGGACCCGGAAAAUGCUAUCGAUUGUAUACAGAGGCAGCUUAUCGGAAUGAAAUGCUUCCGAAUCCAGUACCUGAAAUACAACGAACAAAUUUAGCUAACAUUGUCUUAACACUCAAAGCAAUGGGAAUCAAUGACCUACUACACUUUGACUUCAUGGACCCGCCCCCAGUUCAGACACUACUAACAGCCCUCGAGCAGCUUUAUGCUCUUUCCGCGUUAGACGAUGAAGGUCUCUUAACAAAACUAGGACGAAAGAUGGCCGAGUUCCCACUUGAGCCACCUCUCUCCAAAAUGUUAAUCGAGUCGGUAGAUCUGGGAUGUUCCGAAGAAAUAUUAACUAUUGUCGCCAUGUUAUCAGUGCAAAAUGUGUUCUAUCGACCAAAAGAAAAACAAGCAGCUGCUGACCAAAAGAAAGCAAGAUUUCACCAGCCAGAAGGUGAUCAUUUGACUCUUCUCACUGUUUAUAAUGGAUGGAAAGCGAGCAAAUUUUCGAAUGCAUGGUGUUUCGAGAAUUUUAUUCAAGCGCGAAGUAUGCGACGUGCCCAAGACAUUAGGAAGCAGUUGCUUGGUAUUAUGGAUCGAUACAAGCAAGACAUCAUUUCCUGUGGCAAGAAUUAUAAUAAAGUUCGUCGUACUAUUUGUGGAGGGUUCUUUCGACAUGCUGCCAAAAAAGAUCCACAAGAAGGAUACAAAACGUUGGUUGAAGGAACUCCUGUAUAUAUUCAUCCUUCUAGUGCUUUGUUUAAUAGAGGUCCGGAAUGGGUUAUUUAUCACGAAUUGGUCCUUACAACCAAAGAAUACAUGCGAGAAGUGACGGCGAUUGAACCUAAAUGGCUUACAGAAGCUGCGCCCACCUUCUUUAAAGUUUCUGAUGCAAAUACUAUAAGUAAACGUAAGAGAUCCGAAAAGAUUCAGCCACUCUUUAAUAAAUACGAGAAACCUAAUGAAUGGCGACUUAGUCGUGUUAAGAGACAUCAAAGAGUCUCGCAAACUUUUGGUUAG